AUGAAAGAGCGAGUGAAGAAAUUUUUACAGAAUAGUGAAGUACAAAAGUUGUCAUAUGAUACAAAACUACAAUUUUUAAUUGGAAAAGGGUUGAAAGAAGAAGAAGUUCAAGAGAUGAUGAGUAAAGAGGUAGUUGUUUAUUCAGGAUUGAAAUAUUUGAUGUGGAUGAUUGGGAUUGGAGGAGGAAUUAUAGGUGUUGUAAUAGUCAUUGAAAAGUAUAUCAUUCCAUGGUGGAAAAGAAGAAAAUGGGAAAGAACAAGUGAAGAAAAGAUAGUCAUCAAAUUAGCACAAGAAAUAACAACCACAUCUCCAUCAGAUAAUGAAGAAAAACAUAAAACACAAAAAGAAGAAUAA